GUGAGCCGGGACGCCGGUUGUCAGCCAUUUAAAACCAAAAUCAAAAGAAGCCCAGGAGGAACGGAAAGAAACAGGAAGAAGAAGAAGACGAGCUCGGUUCCACAAUGACUUCGACCAGGAGAUUAGGCAAGGAGCUUGAUGACAUCCGCAAAUCUGGGAUGAAGCAUUUCCGCAACAUUCAAGUGGAUGAAGCAAAUAUCUUGACCUGGCAAGGGCUCAUCGUUCCUGACUGUCCUCCAUAUGACAAAGGAGCAUUUCGGAUUGAGAUCAUCUUCCCCGCCGAGUACCCCUUCAAGCCGCCCAAGAUCACCUUCAAGACAAAAAUCUACCACCCCAACAUUGACGAGAAGGGUCAGGUCUGCCUGCCUAUCAUCAGUGUGGAGAACUGGAAGCCAGCGACAAGAACCUGCCAAGUGAUUCAGUGUCUCAUUGCUCUGGUGAACAUCCCUCAGCCCGAGCACCCACUGAGGGCAGACCUGGCAGAGGAAUACACUAAAGACCGCGCAAAAUUCAUGAAGAAUGCCGAGGAGUUCACAAAGAAACACAGUGAAAAGCGACCUGUGGACUGACGACACAACACUGACACUCACGGCUGUUGGCCUCCUUUCUGUUUCCUGUUGAAAGAGCUCACCCUGACUCUCUGUUCUUAUCUCCAAACCACACAGAGAUACCCUGUUCUCGCGUACCUGCAUUGUUUUAGCACUCUCCAAUCACUCCUUAAUAGAGGCUUGUGUUUCUGUUUCACUUUGCCAAAAAAAGAAAAGAAAAAAAAAAAAAGCAGGACUUUUUGGUGAAUAGACAGGCUCCGGCCUCUAGGUGUCACCUUUUGGUUUGUCAAUGACUUCUUUCUACUGAUUUCUUUUUAGAAAAAAAUAAGAAAAUUGUCAGAGGUGGCAUCCUGGAAAGUAAAAUGUCAGAAAAAAAUAAAAGUGCUGUUCUGCUUACUUAAAUGUUGAAUGUUUUCUCAGAUUAAUCAUUAGCUUAUGCAGACCUGUUUACAGAUUUUUUGUUAAGAUUGCACAGCAUCAAAUGCUGUUGUUUAUAUCUGUUGUCUCUCUCCUUUAUUUUCCUUUUGUUUCUUUUUUUCCCUAAAGAUGCACUGUACUCUGUGAAAUUACCUGUUGCAGUACAUGAAAAAAGUUUAUUGACUCAGAAUUCCACAUGUAAACAGAAAUUUAUGAUAAUGCAACAACAUUCAUGCAUCCUUUGAAAUGUCUUUGUAUUUUGAGAUGUUGGAGAAAAAAAAAAAUCCCUAAUAAUUAAAAUCCUUCCACCUC